GGAAAUGAUCAUGCAGGAGUUACUGAUAAUAAGUUUAGGAGGCCAUGGAUGAGAGUCUCAGUUCUUUCAGUUCGAGGACUGACGGAUAGCUCAAUCUUGGAUCAAUGGAAAGCAAGUGUCUUUGUGGAGGCGUUUCUUGAGAAAAAAACAGUUACAGGAAUGGUGACCCAGAUUAACUGUGAAUUUGAGGAAGUUGUUCCAAGUUCAAACCCAAACUCCCAAAAUGAAGUUGAGGAGGCCCUCCUAUACACUUUUAAGGACUACAGUGAAGUCUUUACACCCAUCAGCUGUUUAGAAAAAUGUCCAUUACCUCCAGCAAAGGACCAAGUCUUCCAGAUUUACUUUACAAUGUUUUCCAAGUUCCAAAACAGACCUUUUGGGAAAUUUAAUGUUACCGGGACCUUUUGGAAUUUUUACUAUAGUCUUUUUAGCCAGCCAUCAAUUUUGCCUGAGUGUGAAUUUUUAGUAUCUACAAGCCUCAAACAAGUUGAUGUUCCAUCACUUUCAGAGCUGAAGGAGUCAUUAAACUCAAUGCCAGAAAUAAUAAAUUCUGUAGAUGAAAGUGAAGAGCUUCUCAAAAGAGAUCUUACUACCAACCAUGGAAUUGAGGAUAUAAAAUGUAGCUCCACAGAUAUUUUGGCCAUUCAAAGCCAAUGCCAACCAGAGCGCAGUGAACCAGAGCACAGUGAACCAGAAAAAUUAGAAAUGCCAUUAACUUAUCUACACCUUAAAAAACAACAUUUUUCUCUCCAUGCAUUGUGUACAGGACUUCAGACAUUUCCAUGUUCUCCUGUUUGUACACUUAAUUUGCUUACUGCUGAAGAAGCAGCUAACAAAAGCUGCAGAAGCUUUUUGAACCCAAUUUUGCUUCCAGUGCCAACAACUGAAGAGCCCAACAGUCAAUAUUCAGUUACAGAUUUGAAAAAGAUAACUUCUAUUGAAGAAGAAAGCCUUGUGGUUAGUCCUAUAAGCCCAGAGCGGCGGAAAGAAGCAGGAUUAAAUCUGACAGUAACAGAAACUUUGGAACCUCUGACUACACACCUGUGUCAUCAUGAUCUAUCUUCUGAUGAUACUAAAAUGAAGAUAUUUUUGCCUACAAAAGAACUUCAAUUAAAAUAUAGCCAGUGCCAAGCAUACUGUCUCCUAGAAGCAGCAGCUACUCCUAUCUUAAAAAAACUUGUACACCUCUGUACUCUUCCUGUUGCUAAUUGGAAAUUUGCCACUGUUAUUUUUGACCAAACAAGGUUCCUCUUAAAGGAACAAGAAAAAGUGAUAAGUGAUGCUCUUCACCAAGCAUAUGGCACCCACAAACCAAUACUAGAGGAUUGGCUAAGUAAGGAGGAAAAGGUGCUGAUUAUAAUAAGAAUGGACUCAGAUGGUGAAACACAUUUGCUCAUUGAAAUCCUUAACAAAAUGGAAGGUAUAACAUUGACUGUCUUACAUUCGAACAAAAGAAAAGAUUUUCUGGAAUCUGAAGGUGUUUUAAAUGGCUAUAAUAUCACAUUAGUGGAGAGAUGUUGCAGUGCGUCAUUGAAACUCUUUGGCAGUAUGAAGUAUUAUGUAGUGAUGACAAUCGAUGAAUACACUGCCAUAAUUUUACAGGACCUAGAAGAAUUGAAUUAUGAGAAGGCAUCAGACAAUAUCAUUAUGAGACUGAUGGCAUUAUCAUUCCAGUACAGCUGUUGUUGGUUAAUUUUGUAUACCAAAAAACCACUAAACUCAGAGUACUGUCUUACAGAAAAGACACUUCAUCACUUAGCACUGAUUUAUACAGCAUUGGUUUCAUUUGGGCUAAAAAAGGAAGAACUGGAUGUAAAGCUUAUAAUUGCCCCAGGAGUGGAAGAGGCUGCACUGAUAAUUCGACAAAUUGCUGACCACAAUUUAAUGACCUCGAAGAGAGAUCCUCACGAAUGGUUGGAUAAAUCCUGGGUUGAAGUUUCACCAUCUAAGGAAGAAACUUACUUACUUGAUUUUCCAUGUAUUAAUCCAUUGGUGGCUCAGCUCAUGUUAAAUAAAGGACCUUCACUGCACUGGAUAUUAUUAGCAACUCUUUGUCAACUUCAGGAACUCCUACCUGAAGUUCCAGAAAAAGUGUUAAAGCAUUUUUGUGGCACCACUUCUUUAUUCAAGAUUAGUUCUCCUUCCACAACAAAAUCACCUCAAAUUUCAUCACCUCAGGAAAACAGGAAUCAGACUUUUACUUCUCAGAUUUCAGCUUCUGGCUCUUUGGAGUCUGUCAUUCAAGAACAUAAUGAAUAUUACCAAUAUUCAGACUUAGGAGAGACAGUGCAGGAAGACACAAGCACCACUUCAAAUUAUAACCCUUCCCUUAUGGAACUAAGAGAAAUGCCAUGUGUUUUACCACCGCUGACUUCUUACAGUCAGACCAGCUACUGGAAAGACUCCUGUUGUAAUGCUAACAUAGUGCAGAAUAAUCCUUUUCCGAUUAACAUAGACUCAAGGAACUCUGCUGGUAAUUCCUUUCUAAACCAGAAUGAUUCACAGUCAGAUGUCUUUUCUUUGGGUCUAACACAAAUGAAUUGUGAAACCAGAAUAUCACCGAUUGACACUCAGAAGACAGUUCCUCCUAAUUUUAUAAAUUAUCAGAAAAAGGGAACACAUGAAGCAAAACAACCUAUCAAUAAAGAAGUUUCUGCCCUUAACUUCUCAUUAGAAGGCUCUCAAUCUCCUUUUCAUUGGAACUUUAAGAAAAAUGUAUGGGAACAACAGAAUCACUCAUUCAACUUACAAUAUCGUGGAGAGCAGACUACAUGUGACAAAUGGUACUCUCAGAAAUAUAAUUUAUUCACUAAUCAGCAAAAAUGUCUGCCGGAUGAGUUAGAAGGCUUCAUAGGUGAAAGUUCAAAUGCUGGAACUAAAGAAACUUUUUGGAAAGAAUUACCCUCUGUCCCCAGUUUGGAUUUAAUUUGUGCUUCUGAUUCUAAUGUAAAUCAAAAAGAAUUCAACAGUCUUUAUUUUUACCAAGGAGCUGGAAAAUGUUUAGGACCAAAAAAGCACUCUGAAUCUUCAUCUACCUCAGGAGACAAGAAAUCAUUAACAGGUCUCAUGUGCGCACAACUACCACAACGCAAAAAACAACGUCUAAUGUAUGAAAAAAUCCCUGGUAGAGUUGAUGGACAAACUCGUCUGAGGUUUUUUUGA